UCUUGCCCGACCAGGCCGCGGGGCUGUGCGGCAGCGAUGGACGGGCACGCAGGGCCACCCAGCGCCUGAGUGUCCUGCUGUGCGCUAACGCCGACGGCAGCGAGAAGCUGCCCCCACUGGUGGCCGGCAAGUCGGCCAAGCCUCGUGCAGGCCAAGCCGGCCUGCCCUGCGACUACACUGCCAACUCUAAGGGUGGUGUCACCACUCAGGCUCUGGCCAAGUACCUGAAGGCCCUGGACACCCGCAUGGCUGCAGAAUCUCGCCGAGUCCUGCUGUUGGCUGGCCGCCUAGCUGCCCAAUCCCUGGAUACCUCGGGCCUGCGGCAUGUGCAGCUGGCCUUCUUCCCUCCAGGCACCGUGCAGCCGCUGGAGCGGGGAGUGGUCCAACAGGUGAAGGGCCACUACCGCCAGGCUAUGCUGCUCAAGGCCAUGGCCGCGCUAGAGGGCCAGGAUCGCUCAGGCCUGCAGCUGGGCCUCAUGGAGGCCCUGCACUUCGUGGCUGCAGCCUGGCAGGCAGUGGAACCUUCGGACAUAGCUACCUGCUUUCGUGAGGCUGGCUUCGGGGGUGGCCCUAAUGCCACCAUCACUACUGCCCUCAAGAGCGAGGGGGAGGAAGAGGAGGAGGAGGAAGAAGAGGAAGAGGAAGAGGAAGAGGAGGGUGAAGGGGAGGAGGAGGAGGAGGAAGAGGAAGAUGGUGAGGAGGAGGAGGAAGGGGGGGAAGGAGAGGAGCUGGGGGAGGAAGAGGAGGUGGAAGAGGAGGGUGAUGUUGAUGACAGUGAUGAGGAGGAAGAGGAGGAAGGGGAUGAGAGCUCCUCUGAAGGCUUGGAGGCUGAGGACUGGGCCCAGGGAGUCGUGGAGGCUGGUGGCAGCUUCGGGGGCUAUGGUGCCCAGGAGGAGGCCCAGUGCCCUACCCUCCAUUUCCUGGAAGGUGAGGAGGACUCUGAGUCAGACAGUGAGGAAGAGGAAGAAGACGAUGAGGAGGAGGAUGAAGAUGAUGAAGAUGAUGAGGAGGAUGGUGAUGAGGUGCCUGUGCCCAGCUUUGGGGAAGCCAUGGCUUACUUUGCUAUGGUCAAGAGGUACCUCACCUCCUUCCCCAUUGAUGACCGUGUGCAAAGCCACAUCCUCCACUUGGAACAUGAUCUAGUCCACGUGACUAGAAAGAACCACGCCAGGCAGGCAGGAGUUCGGGGUCUUGGACAUCAAAGCUGAGCCACUGGGCCUAGCUGUGCCCCCAACCUGGAUGUGGCAGCUCCAGCCCAGGGCAGAGGACUCUCUGGGGAGCCGCUGUGGGUGGAGCCAGUGUGGGGAGCCCCAGAUCCUGUAGUGAUGUUCUCCUGGCCCUGUGACAGGCCCAGUCACCUGGUAGGGCCUCGGGCUGGCAUCAGCCUCACUGCCUGCUUAUUGCCUCUUUCUCAGAAUCCUCUUUCCUCCCCAUUUGCCCCUGGGCUUGGGGGACCAGGUGGGGAGGGUGGGGAGCUGUCCGGUGCUACCACACCGUGCCAUCAGUGGACUAGGCUACAGUAGCAGCCAGGGAUGAACCCUGGAGGCUCCUGGCCAGAGAGUGCCUCUCCCCUCUGCCAUCCACACCAGGUCUUUGGUGGGGGGGACCCCAAAGCCAUUCUGGGAAGGGCUCCAGAGAAAGGUCCAGCCUAGGCCCCCACAAGGCUGGCAGCCCCCCAUCCCUACCCCUGGGCCGCCUUGAGAAGCACAGUCUAACCACAGGCUCCUGAGCCUGCCUCUGCCUGCUUCCCCACCUCCUCAGUCCCUUUCUCUGGUCCAGUCUAUGUUACUCUGGCCCUUGGUUUUCUUUCCAGAUUGGAGGUUCUCAAGAGGCCCUCCAGAGGAGUGAUUAUGGGCACUUCCCUUGUGGGCAGCUGCAGGCCUCAUGCCUCUCCUCCCUCUCUGGCAGGGCUCUAUCCUGGGCAGGGGACCUGGGGCUGGGCCCAGAGUCCAGCCAUCCAGCUGCUCCUUACCCAGUCUGAAUUCAAUAAAUCCGUCCACCUCCCUUUUGUGGGGGUGGAUGUUUUAACAGCCAA